CCCCCCCGCAAGCCACAGUGGCCCGGAAGUGUCCUCCUCCGCCCGUGCCACCAGGGCACCCUGUUUGGCACGAGCUGUCUUCAACGUCCGGAACAUGGCCUCGCCCGGGGCGUCCUUUGUGAAGGGCACGUUGGUGGGGAUCAUUUCCUGGGCUUUGCUCACUACUCUAAGCCACAUUCACAUUCGACAUGAUGGUCCGGCUCAAGGCCACAGGCACCGUCACCUGCCCCCACCCGGCGACAAGGAUUUCUUAGACCUGUUGGACGCCACCCGCACGCAGCUCAACCGGAGCAUCCGGGUCCUGUGUGUCAUCCUCGGAGAGUCCGAAGACGAGAGCGACUGGACGGUCCUGAAAGACACCUGGACCAAGCACUGCGACCGGGCGGAGCUCUACGACACCAAGCACGACGAGCUGUUCGGGGCGGGGAGAGACGACCAGUGGGUCCAGAUGAGGGAGACCUACAAGGCUGUCUUCGGGAAGCACGGCGACCACUACAACUGGUACUUCCUUACCCUCCCCACCACGUUCGCGGUCAUCGAGAACCUCAAGUACUUCCUGCUGACCAGGGACGCCUGGCAGCCUUUCUACCUGGGCCACACCGCCCGGUCCGGAGACCUCGAGUACGUGACUGCCGAAGGAGGGAUCGUCCUGAGCAUAGGGUCCAUGAAGAGAUUUAUCCGACGCCUCCUGAUCGACAGGAGCUGUGCGGACCCGAGUGCCAUGUGGAAUUUGGCCUACGACAAGCAGCUUGCCAUGUGCCUGAAAUAUGCAGGCAUUGUUGCCGAAAACGCAGAGGAUUUCGAAGGGAAAAACAUCUUUAAUACGAAGCCAAUCGCGCGUCUUAUUCAAGAGGCCAUGCCUACUAAGCCUCAGCAAGUAGUCAAAGGCUGCUGUUCAGAUAUGGCUAUUACUUUUAAUGGACUGACUCGCGAAAAGAUGGAAGUAAUGAUGUAUGGAGUGUAUCGGCUCAGGGCGUUUGGACAUCAUUUCAAUGACACGCUAGUUUUCUUGCCGCCAAAUGGUUCAGAAAAUGACUGAGGACCCGUGAAAAGCAGAACUGUACUGUCCAAGGGCACUUGAAACACGACUAGAGCCAGUUAAGAUGUGCCCUGAUAUAAAUAUAUAUAUACUAUAUUCAAGAAUACAAAUAUUGCUAGAAAACUACAAAAAUAUAAUUUUCCAUGUUGAAACUAAUAUUUGUUGUUAAACAUACCACUAAAAUUAAUUUCAUCUGUUUUAUUUUCAUUUUAUUCGUGUGUCCACUAGAAAGAUUUUAGUCACAUACAUUGCUGAUAUAUUUCUACUGGAUAAUAGAACAUCUGCUGUCACCACAGACAAUAAUAUAACUGUCCACAUAGAAGCUCCUCUACCACACCUCUUCUUUUUUACUUGCUACUAUUGGGGUUUGAUCAUUGGGCCUUGUAUUUACUAGACAGACAUUCUACCACUUGAGCCAUGCCCCUAUCCAUUUUUGCAUAGUAUUAUUUUCAGAUAGGGUCUUACUUUUGCUUUCACAAGUCUUGGACCUUAAUCUUAAUACCUACAGCUUUCCAUUUCCCUGGGAUGAUAGACACCCCACAUCACCCUGGGUUUACAGAUUGAGAUGAUAUCUCACUAGUUUUCCCCAGGCUGGCCCCAAACUGCUGUCCUCCCUAUCUCCCAGGUAGCUGGGAUUAUAGGCAAGUACUACCACAUCCACAUCAUAGCAGCAUUUUUCUCAGCUUUUUCUACUCAUGGGUAGAAAUAGUCUUGAGGACUUUUUUGCUCAGUAUGACUUCAAAAUGCAAUCUUCAGAUCUCAGCUUCAUGAGUAGCUACGAUGACAGGUAUAAAACACUGAGAAGUCACUCCUUACACCCUUGGACCUGUAUCAUUCUAGAUUAUCUCCCUUUUCACCCUGACAUAGCUCUCUCCUUAAAUAAUCCUUUUAACAUUUUUUCACAAUGGAUCUCCUGUUUCCAAUAUUGCCUGCCUUCUUUGGUUUUGGUUUACUUUGUCUUUUUUUUUUUUUUUAUGGUCCUGGGACUUGAACUCAGGGGCUUGGGUGCUGUCCCUGAGCCUCUUUG